AGAAGGCAAACAGCCAAAAAGGAAAAAAAAAUUUAAAAAAAAAAAAAACAAGAAAACAGGAACACCGAUAAGCAGUAGCAGCAAUGGUAAAGAGUUUACCAAAAACACCUGCUCUUUACCAGAAACUUCUCUUAUUUCUUCUUAUCUUUAUAUUACUGCUUCAAACUCCCACUUUUGCUCUCAGAAAGUCUUAUGUGGUAUAUUUGGGAGCACAUUCACAUGGCCAAGAUUUCUCUCAGUUUGAUUUGAAUCAUGUCACUGAGUCUCACUUUGAGUUUCUUGGAUCUUUUCUCGGAAGUCAUGAAGUAGCAAAAGAAUCUAUAUUUUACUCAUACACAAGGCAUAUCAAUGGUUUUGCUGCAAACUUAGAAGAAGAAGUAGCAGCUCAAAUCGCCAAUCAUCCAGAGGUAGUCUCUGUUUUCUUGAACAGGGGAAGGAAACUACACACAACUCGAUCAUGGAACUUCAUGGGACUCGAGCAUGAAAACGGUGUAGUUCCUCCAAGUUCAAUCUGGAAGAAAGCAAACUAUGGAGAAAAUAUAAUUAUCGGAAAUCUUGAUACGGGUGCUUGGCCUGAAUCAAAGAGCUUUAUUGAUGAACAAUUGGGACCAAUUCCUUCAAAGUGGAAAGGAAUUUGCCAAAAUGGUGAAGAUCCUACAUUUCAUUGCAAUAGGAAGCUAAUUGGAGCAAGAUUCUUCAACAAAGGCUAUGCAUCAAUAGUUGGUCCACUGAACUCCUCCUUCCACUCACCGAGAGACAGUGAAGGCCAUGGAUCUCACACCCUUUCAACAGCAGGAGGUAAUUUCGUACCAGGAGCAAAUGUUUUUGGUUUUGGGAAUGGAACAGCAAAAGGGGGUUCACCAAAAGCAAGAGUUGCAGCCUACAAAGUUUGCUGGCCGCCAGUUGGUGGAGAAGAAUGCUUUGAUGCUGAUAUCUUGGCUGGUUUUGAUUUGGCAAUCCAUGAUGGUGUAGAUGUUCUCUCUGUCUCUCUUGGAGGAGAUCCAACCGCUUUCUUCAAUGACAGUGUGGCUAUUGGCUCUUUCCAUGCUGUGAAACAUGGGAUUGUUGUGGUUUGCUCUGCGGGGAAUUCUGGACCGUCUGAAGGUACUGUGUCUAACUUUGCACCUUGGCAAAUCACCGUUGGUGCCAGCACCAUUGAUAGGGAGUUCCCAAGCUAUGUUGUCCUUGCUAACAAUGUGACAUUCAAGGGACAAAGUUUGUCUGCAACAGUUUUGCCCUACAACAGGCAAUACCCACUUAUUAUUGCUGCAGCGGCUAAAGCAGCCAAUGCUUCAGCUGAAGAAGCAAUCUUAUGCAAGGCCGGGACAUUGGACCCAGAAAAGGUGAAGGGGAAGAUCUUGGUGUGCCUUAGAGGUGAUAAUGCAAGAGUGGACAAAGGUGAACAAGCUUUACUAGCAGGUGCUGUUGGGAUGGUUCUUGCUAACAGUGAGCUUGGUGGAAACGAAAUUAUUGCCGACCCUCAUGUCCUUCCUGCUUCACAUAUCAAUUUCACUGAUGGAAAUGCUGUCUUUAAAUACAUCAAUUCAACUAAAUCUCCUAGAGGUCACAUUACUAGACCAACAACAAAAUUGGCAACAAAGCCUGCUCCCUCAAUGGCGGCAUUCUCAUCAAAGGGACCUAGCACAGUCACACCAGAAAUCCUUAAGCCUGAUAUAACUGCACCAGGAGUGAGUGUCAUAGCAGCUUAUACAGAAGAACAAGGACCAACAAAUCAAAUUUUUGAUGAGCGGCGAGUACAAUUCAACUCAGUGUCGGGCACAUCAAUGUCUUGUCCUCAUGUUUCUGGCAUUGUUGGUCUUCUUAAAACCGUCCAUCCCAAUUGGAGUCCUGCAGCUAUUAAAUCCGCCCUCAUAACCACCGCCCUAGUAAAAGAUAAUAGUGGAGGUGCAAUACAAAAUGCUUCUAAUUUCAGGGCCACACCAUUCAGUUAUGGAGGAGGACAUGUUAGACCAAGCAGGGCUGUGGAUCCUGGACUAGUAUAUGACUUGGGUCUUAAAGACUACCUCAACGUUCUGUGCUCUUUAGGUUACAAUCAGUCACAAAUAGAAGUUGUAUCAGAUGAAUCUCAUAAAUGCCCCAAACCCAUUAGUCUCACUAACCUCAACUACCCUUCAAUCACUGUCCCUAAACUCUCUGGUUCGAUCACUGUAACUCGAACACUCAAAAAUGUUGGUACUGCCGGAACCUACGAAGCUCGAGUCCAAAAACCAGCUGGAAUAUCAGUUUCUGUUAAGCCAAACAGUUUGACGUUCAAGAAAGUUGGCGAAGAGAAGAGCUUCAAAGUGACACUUAAGGUAAAAAAUAGCAAAGCAGCUAAGAAGUAUGUGUUUGGAAAGUUGAUAUGGUCAGAUGGUAAGCACAAUGUCAGGAGUCCUAUUGUGGUGAAACCUGCUUAGAAAACAUUAUUAUUUGCUGCUGACAAAAAACAUGCCCUUUCAGCCUGUGUUCUACAAUUAUUCUUCAGGGAUGUUAAAUUUAUAGGCUGAUUUAUAAAUAAUGAUUGUCAAAUUUAAUCAAGGGAAAGAAAUAUUAGUUGAU